AUGCGCGGCUUCAUCUCAACCAUCACCACUCUCCUACCUUUGGCUGCUGCGGCGCCAUUGGAACUUUACAACCGCGACAGCAAUCCCGGUUGCCAAGAUGCCUCUUUCAACAACUUUGAAUGGACGAUUGAAAACUUCGACUACCAUGCAUCUUACAUCUUCACCACCCCCGCCCAUCAAAACUCAUGGGGUUAUGUCAACUUCAACCUAACAAACCCGGCUCUCGAGUACAAGGCCCUUUGCAGCGCCUCUAGCAACCAGCUCUCCGACUUCUUCUACGGCACAAUGAUAUACACCUGCACUGUUCCGGAGGGCUACACCACGAAGACUACCUUCGACUUCAGCCGCCCUAGUGGCAAGUUGGACGUCAACCAGACCUGGACCUGCAGCGACGCCGAUCCGCAAUACCCUACUACCAUCAAUGCUUAUGGUACCGUCGAUCUGGAUCUCUCCUGCACCGAUGAGACAUGGACCAACCCUAACUGGACCAUCGGUAACAUUUACACGGCUCGUACAGUCCAGUGCGAGCCGGUAACGCUACCACUUAAGCCUUACGAAAUGACUGCUGUCGCAUAA